GUGGAAUAAUGAGAAAUGGAUUACUCUUGUCACCGUGUGAACAAGAAAGUCCUGAGAAAACAAAAUAUAACUCGGCACGUGGCAGAACUAGAAGUUUCCUCCAAUCGAGCAGAAGAAGAAAGUAGACUUGUGGCAGGGGUGGGCUCUAUAAUUUUGAGUUCAUCAAACCUAUGUAUGGCCACGCUUCUUCUCAGAAACUCUCUUCUUUCACAUCUCCACCUUUGCUCUCUCUCCUUCGCCGAAACUUUCCCUUCCGUUUCCUUAACCACCACCAGCAGAACCGGACCCCUAAAUUCCACUAAGAUGGAAGGAAGUGAAAUAACAGAGGAGGUUUCUGAAAAUAGUGAGACAAAUGCGAAUGUAAAAAAGAAAAUAUUUGUGGCAGGAGCUACUGGAAGUACUGGGAAACGGGUUGUUGAACAGCUACUUGCAAAGGGUUUUGCUGUCAAGGCUGGGGUUCGUGAUUUGGACAAGGCCAAAAAUUUGCUUUCAAAGGACAACCCAGCUCUUCUAGUUGUGAAAGCAGAUGUCACGGAGGGUUCUGCAAAGCUAGCAGAAGCAAUUGGUGAUGAUUCAGAAGCUGUGAUAUGUGCUACAGGAUUUCGGCCAGGAUGGGACUUGUUUGCUCCAUGGAAGGUUGAUAACUUUGGCACCGUAAACCUUGUUGAAGCGUGCCGAAAACUGGGUGUUAACAGAUUCAUUCUUAUCAGCUCUAUUUUAGUCAAUGGAGCAGCAAUGGGACAGCUUUUUAAUCCAGCUUACGUCUUUCUCAAUGUUUUUGGACUCACCUUGAUAGCAAAACUUCAAGCUGAGCAGUAUGUCAGGAAAUCUGGUAUUGACUUCACGAUAAUAAGGCCUGGUGGGUUGAGAAAUGAGCCGCCAACAGGAAAUGUUGUCAUGGAACCAGAGGAUACACUAUAUGAAGGAACCAUAUCCAGAGAUCAAGUUGCAGAAGUUGCUGUUGAGUCAUUAGUCCAUCCAGAAUCAUCUUUCAAAGUUGUGGAGAUAGUUUCUCGCACUGAGGCUCCCAAGCGUUCUUACAAGGAUCUUUUUGGUUCCAUAAAGCAAACAUGACUGUUGACCGUUCAUUUUCGUGCUCGCCACUGUGCAGUUAUAUGUUUACCUGAAUGGGCUCGUCUUUAGUGCCUUCAUUCCAUAACUGUAAUUUGUGAAUCCUUUUCUGUGUCACCCUUGAAUAUUUACCUUCUUAAUCCUCAGAUAAUUUCAAAGAUCAAGUUACCAUUAUCAUGGAAA